CAGAUGAAAAAAUGAAUGGUGAACAGUUGCAAGAUUUUCUCACCGAUUUAUCAAAGACUACCAUUCGUCUUGGUAACAGAGACGAUGUCGAGGUUACGAAGAAAUUCUUGGCCAAAUGGGCGCAAAACACUAUGCUUUGCGCCAAUUAUAUUACUGUCAACUAUAGGGAUGUAGAUUUGGUCCAACCUAUCAUAGCACAAAUUUUAGCCUUGUAUUAUAAAGGAGGAGUGCUUCGGCAGUAUGCAUUGCAGUUCAUUCCUUCUUUCGUUGGAAUAUACUUGUAUGCGCUAUCGAAGAAACAGCAGAAAAGUGUUGCUGUCUUCGAAAUCUUCUUUUUGGCUGUGUACAAUGAAGAAAUUCUGGCAGGCCCACCCGGCUCUGACAAAAUGGCUAAGAAGGCAAAAGAAGUGCGUAUUCCCUCGAUUCGAUAUCCGAGCAUAUAUCAUGAUCCCUCGAAAAUCACAGCGCUACCGGAAGUCACAUUGCUGAAGCCUGGCGGUUCUCCAUCAGUCCUCACUACUAUACGUGUGGGUCCCUACCCGACUGUCGAAGAAUUCAACUCCGAAUCCAAGUUUUUUAUUCUUACUAGGCUUCUGAAAUCGGUCAACGCAAGUUUGGUUUAUCUAUCAUCGGAAGUGGUUUCGCGACAUAUAUGUCUCGCAGCUCUUUCCAUAUGCGAAAGCGGUUUCUCGUUUCCUGAGACAGAUUUUGUCAGUAAGGUUAUGGAUGCGGAACAUUCAAGCGAAGUUUUGGAAGACUACUCGAAAAAGCCACGCCAGCUUGUCAAUUCAUCUUUGCUCUUGGAGUUGCUUACCGGAGUGUACAUGGCGCUCUACAAUGGUGCACCAGAUCUUGCGCUGUAUGCAAUAGACGCCAUGUAUCAACGAGCUCAAUAUGAAAUGCUUGCAGAAGUUAUCCUUGUCACUAGCGCCAUACGAAAUUCAUUGUUGGAAAACCCGUUAUCAAAAGAAAAACGCGAUGAACUCAUGUGGGGAAGGAACCUUAGCUUGGAGAAGCGUCGCAAAGGAUUGGUGACUACUGCUAGUUUACGAAUGCGAAAAAUGCCUGAGGACAUUCCAGUUCAACCUGAAUUGAAAGAAAAGGAGCAUUCUAAACUGGAAGAAGGAAUGGACAACCUGAAAAAGAAGGUAUCCGCUUUGGGCUUACACCAUAAGAUGCAGCGGUUUCGCAAGGCGUCCAUAGAUGGAGAUGAAGUAGAGUUACAAACUAUACGCGAGGAAAAAGCUGGUGAAGUUCGAGAUUAUCACCAUCGAGACGUCGAAUCGGUAACUCGUCGGCGAAGUUCUUCCGAAGAAAUGCCGAGGCCGAGAAAAGCUGGUUCGGACGAAAUCAUACUCAAGAAACAACUGGAUCUGAAUGAAGAGCCAAGGAGAGGUUUCAAGCAACAUAAUAGAUUCGAUAACCCAGGGCGAAGGCUGAGUUCCCCACUGAUAGAGCGGCCCAACGAACUUCGGGGAGAGAAUAGGGUUUCUUCUUCGGAAGAUUCAGGUGCCUAUACUAAGAAGCGUAGGAAAGUAAAGAAAGUCUUCCAUGCCUGGGAUGAAUCUAUGCGAUCUUCCUUACCACUAUUUAUGCGAAAAGUCAUCUUGAGGUGCAGAUUAAGCAUAAUAUUCUCGAUACCGGCAGCUACACGAUUAGAUAUGUAA